CACAAAUCCAGCGGCGGAGGAUGGUCUGCGCCAGAUGCCUGAGGGCCUGAGGCCGGCAGACGGUCUAUUCCGGGCAUUCACGUGACCAGCCCAAUCGGGGCUCCACGCGUGAUGCGUCCGCUAAGCCCGAUCGGGACAAGCGCCGAGUAGCCGCUGCGUCACCUGCUCCGCCCGGUGCCGGCUGGAGCCAAUCAGCGCGGGCCCUGCCACCCCUUCAUUCAAUCCGGACUUCCAGUCGCCCCCUCCGUCUCGCUUUCUUUAUCGCCGCUACUUCUUCAUCAUCUUCAUCUGCUGCUUCAUCAUCGGGACCUAUCCACUCGACUAUCUCCCUGCUCUUCUGUGAAUCUACACUGGUCUCUCGUUUAUCUCUCGCGGUCCUAGCAUCGUCGUAGGUACCAUUUGCAGUUUCUCGCCACCAUGAUCGUCCGUCCGUUCCUGGUCGGGAGCGCCAUCGCUCUAGGCGCCAACGCCUUGCUCGUCGUCCCCGAAGCCGAAGCCGACGCCGUCGCCCCUCUCGACGACUUGAGUCUUCGUCCGUUGGAGUCGUUGGCGGCCAGCCAGCAGGAGGUGGUUCUUGGCUGCACCGAAUGUCCGUUCCGCGAGGUCGACGACAGUGGGAAGGUCAGCUGGACUGAUGGCUUCGAAACAUCUCUGUCGUUGAACUUCUCGGUGGAAAAUGGAUUUUUGCUGGCCAACGGCCGCCCCAUCUUCCCUCCCCCGCCGCCGACUCACCUCACUGCCGUUCAGCGUCGCCUGUCCGACGGCGAGGAGUCGGAUCCCAUUCAGCUCGGAUAUGCCGUGGAAAUGAUGCCGCUGCCGACUCCCCCCGACGAGCCCAUGGACAUGGUCGCCGUCCGCUUCACCGUACUCGAUCUGGAUGGCCAUCCCGUUCCCCUCGACACCGUGGCCCUCCACCUCGUCCACGAUUCGGCCGCCAACCUGUUCCUGGCGAAGGCUACCAUCGAAGAGACCACCCCGUCUCGCGUGUCUUGGAGGCAGUGCCGGGGUAAGCCCAAGUGCCUGAGACGGCUCUUGUUCGAUCGUAUCCGCGCUCUCUUCCACGCCGCCCGGACUCGCGUGCUGGGACUCGGCGGGCCCCGUCCGCACUGCGGAGGCCGGCCCCAUGGAUUGGGACAUCCUCCCUUCCCUCCUCACCACGGCCCCGGUCCGGAAGAGCCCUGGGCGGAGGGCGACAUGGAGCGUCCUCCUCGUCCUCACCACCAUCAUCACAUGCACCACGGCCACUGGGAACGUACCUUCUCCCGCGUCGUGCGCUUCAUCGUCGUGCCGGCUAUUCUGGGCGUGUUGGCCGGACUGGCUGCCAGCGCGCUGGGCAUGCUGGUCGGCCAGGUCGUCGUCUUCCUCUGGCAACGCUACCGCCGCUCCGGCUCCAAGCGCUCGGCAGAACAAGGUAGCGUGGGCGAAAAGCAGGGCCUGAUGACCGAGGCGUCGGAUGAGCUGCCUCCGGCUUACAGCGACGAGGAGAUGGCUCCCGAGACGGUGCCCGCGGACAAGUCUUGAGGCGUGGCAUCUUUUCUUUUUUUCCAAGAACGAAUUGAAUAGGCUCGACCGUAGGAUUUUGGCCGAACCGGACCAGGCAAACCGGGAAUUGGGACAGAAUGCGUACCUGGGGGUCUUUUUCUGGUUGUGUGAUUGAUUGACAUGAUGCAAGAACUUUUCCUCCUUCCUUUACAAUGUAUUUCGGGUUUACGUUUGUUUCAUUUUCCUCCAG